AUGCAUUACAGAUUUUUAAGAGAUAGUUUUGUUGGUAGAGUUGUCUACCAUUUGUCCAAGCAUAAAUACUUUGCACAUCCAGAAGAAGCUAAAGAUUAUAUUGUCCCAGAGAAGUAUUUAGCAGAUUACAAGCCAACUCUUGGUGAUGAUACAAGUAUAAAUUUCGAAAAAGAAGAAAUAGAUAAUGAAGGUGAACCCAAUUCCACUCAAUCGUCUUCCAAUAACACUGUAGUUAGCAACACUAAUGAAGAUGAUAAAAUAAUUGUCACUUGGGAUGGUGAUGAUGAUCCAGAAAAUCCACAAAAUUGGCCAGCUUUACAGAAAGCAUUUUUCAUUUUCCAAAUUUCAUUUUUGACAACUUCGGUGUAUAUGGGAUCAGCAGUUUAUACACCGGGUAUUGAAGAAUUAAUGCACGAUUUUGGUAUUGGAAGAGUCGUUGCUACUUUGCCAUUGACAUUGUUUGUUAUUGGUUAUGGUGUUGGUCCAUUGGUUUUCAGUCCCAUGUCAGAAAAUGCUAUAUUUGGUCGAACAUCAAUUUAUAUUGUCACAUUAUUUUUAUUUGUCAUACUACAAAUCCCAACUGCUUUAGUUAAUAAUAUUGCUGGUUUAUGUAUAUUGAGAUUCUUGGGUGGAUUUUUCGCUAGUCCUUGUUUGGCCACUGGUGGUGCUAGUGUUGCUGAUGUGGUUAAAUUCUGGAAUUUACCAGUUGGAUUAGCUGCUUGGAGUUUGGGUGCUGUGUGUGGUCCUAGUUUUGGUCCAUUCUUUGGUUCAAUCUUAACUGUCAAAGCUAGUUGGAGAUGGACUUUUUGGUUCAUGUGUAUUAUUUCUGGGUUUUCAUUUGUUAUGUUGUGUUUCACUUUACCAGAAACAUUUAGCAAAACAUUAUUAUAUCGUAAGGCUAAAAGAUUGAGAGCAAUCACUGGUAAUAACAGAAUUACCAGUGAAGGAGAAAUUGAAAAUAGCAAAAUGACAAGUCAUGAAUUGAUCAUUGAUACAUUAUGGAGACCUUUAGAAAUUACAGUCAUGGAACCAGUUGUUCUUUUGAUUAAUAUUUAUAUUGCCAUGGUAUACAGUAUUCUUUACUUGUUCUUUGAAGUGUUCCCAAUUUAUUUCAUUGGAGUUAAACAUUUCACUCUUGUUGAAUUGGGUACCACAUAUAUGUCCAUUGUUAUUGGUAUUGUCAUUGCUGCCUUUAUUUAUAUUCCAGUUAUUAGACAGAAAUUCACAAAACCAAUAUUACGCGAAGAACAAGUUUUCCCUGAAGUGUUUAUUCCGAUUGCCAUUGUUGGUGGUAUCUUGUUAACAUCUGGUCUUUUCAUUUUUGGUUGGUCAGCAAAUAGAACCACUCAUUGGGUAGGUCCGUUGUUUGGUGCUGCUAUUACCGCUUCUGGAGCAUUUUUAAUCUUCCAAACAUUAUUCAACUUUAUGGGUGCUUCAUUCAAACCUCAUUAUAUUGCUUCAGUUUUUGCUUCUAAUGAUUUGUUCAGAUCUGUCAUUGCCUCAGUUUUCCCAUUAUUUGGUGCUCCAUUAUUUGAUAAUUUAGCUACUCCCGAAUAUCCUGUUGCCUGGGGUAGUUCCGUGUUGGGUUUUAUCACCCUUCUUAUGAUUGCUAUUCCAGUUUUGUUUUACUUGAAUGGACCAAAGUUGAGAGCAAGAUCGAAAUAUGCUAAUUAG